AUGGAGGUCACCCUAGCCGCUUUCGGGCACAAAGACCAAGACGGAGCAUCUCGAUUCUCUCCGGUCCAGCAGAGGCUCACGCCUCCAGCCCUCCUCUACCCGUCCCUCCUCCGCCCGUCCUUCCUCCACGUGUCCCGAUGUCCCGGUUUCGUUGAAGAGCUUACGAAGGAGAAGUUUGGAGUGUAUGUUGAAAUUUGCUCCUCGAUCCGCGACGAGAAUCCUUGGGCUUUCCCGACGCCUUCGCUUUGUUGUUCAUGA